UCUUUCAUUUUCACCACCGCCGCACACGGUGCGCAUCGCAGAAUGUGUUUUUAAAUUUGGAAUAUUCUUUAGUUUAGUGGCCAGUAUGGAACUGUUCAAGUUCGUUUUGUACGUGUACUUCUAUAUUGUGGUGGUGUGUCCGCAUGAGAUAGUGAGCCAAGAACAGGGGAAAGCGACGUUGGUCCCACAUGGUAACAAAGGGCACGAUCACACACACGAGCGUCCUUGCGAUGUCUGCCCACGCCAUGGUCGCUGCGUGCCCAAGAUCCAGUGUCCGGCCCAUAGAAGACCUGGGGCCAGUAACCCGCUGUGUCAUCUAGCAGGCCAGAGGGAUUUAGUUGGAGUCUGCUGCUUCACUGGGAGCUUACACGCCGCCGAAUCCGACCUCAAGGCCCGUGCGGCUACUGCAGUACCAGCUGAAGACGUAAAGACAGCACACACGGUCUCAAAGCAGAAGCUAGCAGAAUGGCUGAGCAAGGCCAAGAAGCUGUUGAAAGAACGACAUGUGCUGGUUAACAGCACUGCACCAAGCUUUGCACAUCAUUUGUCUGUGAUGACAUACGACGACCGAGCCGAGAAGCUUGGGCUGGGCGCGCUUUUGAACCUGUUCGCUGCGCAAGAGUUGAAGUCGCGACAGGCCUUCUCCGACGAUGACCUGGCACUUGGACUCACCGGGAACACUGACGGUCCAUUUUGCCCGCCACCCCCAUCAUGCCCGAGCCCACCCAGCCGUUACCGCAGUAUUGAGGGGGAGUGCAACAACCCCGAGUUUCCCACCAGAGGGGCUGUUCAUACUGAAUACGAGAGACUACUGCCUCCGGACUAUAGUGAUGGAAUCUGGGCAAUGCGAGCAUCUUCCACCGGUCUUCCCCUCCCCAGCGCUCGAGUCGUCAGUCAAAGUUUGCUUAUCGACGCCCACCAUCCGAGCAACACUCACAACUUGAUGUUCAUGCAGUUUGGACAGUUUAUAGCGCACGAUGUUAGUGCUGGGGUCGUGUUUACUAUCGGAAACGGCAGCGCGAUCUCCUGCUGCGCAGGCGACGGCGAGAUCCCACUCCCCGGAGACCAGCAGCACUGGGGCUGCGCACCCAUUGAGGUUCCUCCUGAUGAUGCCUUCUACGGAACCUUCCGUCAUACGUGCUUGAACUUUGUCAGAGCCCAGUUGGCACCGGCUAGUGACUGCUCAGUUGGAUAUGCUAAACAGAUGAACGGUGCCACCCACUACGCAGAUCUGUCCCAGCUGUAUGGGAACUCACAUUCCAAGCCCGGGCUGCUACGAGCAGCCGGCGGUUUGCUUAACACCUUCAAUGACUACGGAAGACCUCUUCCCCCGUUGACCAAGAGGGGGGAAUGCGUGACCACAAACGAAGGGGCAGCUUGUUUUGAAUCAGGCGACAACCACGGUAACCAGGUGAUCUCUCUCACCGUUCUCCACACGAUCUUCACCAGAGAGCACAACCGCAUAGCCCAGGCCCUCUCUAGGUUCAAUCCCGACUGGGACGAGAACACCGUCUUCUGGGAGGCCAGGCGCAUCAUGCAGGCCCAGUUCCAGCAUAUUAUCUAUAAUGAAUGGCUGCCCCUGCUGUUAGGUCCCCGUUUAGUCCAGGCGUUCGGGCUAUCCCCAGCUGGUGGAUACUCCACGUCAUACGAUUCUCACGUGAAUCCAUCGCUUACUACGGAAUUUUCUACAGCUGCCAUGAGAUUUGGACACUCCGUUGUGGACGGGAAACUGGUGAUUCCGAGCCCAGCGAAAGGCACCGUUUACGAAACGAUUUCACUUCCCGAAGUGAUGUUUCAGCCAUCUCGUCUGCGCCUGCGGCCAUUCCUCGACCGCGCGCUGACCGGGUUGUCAUGGCAACCGAUGCAGUCUGUUGAUCCUUUUGUCACUGAAUCUUUAACCCGUUACCUGUUCCACGGAGGCAACCCCUUCGGUUUAGACCUGGCAGCCAUCAACAUCCAGCGCGCUCGCGACUACGGAGUCAGAUCUUACAACAGCUAUCGCGAGCUUAUUGGACUGAAGCCGUAUGGUGACUUCAACCAGUUCCCACCUAGCGCAGCAAACCGCCUUUCCUCUGUCUACAACAGCCCAGACGACAUCGAUCUCUGGAUCGGUGGUCUGUUAGAAGAACCAAUAGAAGGCGGUAUCGUUGGAGCAACCUUCGCUAACAUCAUCGCUGACCAGUUCAAUAAGAUGAAGAAAGGAGACCGCUACUUCUAUGAACAUGGGCCCGAUGUUAACCCUGGAGCCUUUACUCCUGAUCAACUAGCGGAGAUAAAGAAGAUCACGUUGUCUAGAAUAAUUUGUGACAACAAGGAUGGAAUCGAACUCUUGUCACAACCUCCGAGUGCUUUCCUAAGGGCAGAUUUACCUGGAAACGAGCCGGUGCCUUGUGAUAGCCCACUCAUCCCAACAGUCGACCUCAGCAGAUUCAGGGAUAUCUAGUUAUAAGCUCUUAGGUCUGGAACAUCAAAUGUUUCACGAUCAACGUCAAAUAGUGUUUAUAAAACAAAUAACAGCUUGAAACGUUGAACGUCUCCAGUGAUGAUUUUAUUAGAUGUAAAAUGUACUCAUAGAACUUAGAUUGUAAAGUUAAUUAUAUCAUUAAAGUACGCAUUCAUUUCUUCCUUUGUUCCUGGUUUGGCAUGGUUGGUUUCUUCAGAACGGUUUUCAAUAUCCUCUUUUUCACUAUUUAUUAUAUUCUUAUUUAUUUCCUUUCACACUUGCUAGACUCAAAAUCUUCACUAUGAUACCAUCUUCUUUUUCCUUACAAUUCUUUAACAGUGUUUUAAAAGCGAUUCCAAUCAUCAAAUUUUGCAUGCAACCUUUUAAAACAUAGUUUAACUGUUGUAAGUUUGUUGAUUACAAAUGAUUUAUCUAUUAUGUUGAUUUGUUCUGACACAAAGCUUCUAUCGUUUCGUGUUUCUUUUCUUUCCUCUCCAAUCUAGAAUCCCACUGGUGCCCGACAGUGGGGUUUGAGAUUACAAAACGAUAUUAGAUUUGUGUCAAUAACCAAUUCUUCUUUGACUUUAGCAAGUGUUGUUUGUCUUUGAUCUAUCUUUCUCUUGCGAACGUCGAAGAACCCGAUUCAAUGAUUUUUUCCGGAAAAAAUACAUGAAUUGGGAGUUUAAUUGAUUUGAAUAUAGGAAGAAAUUAACUGUGGAAAAAUGUGAUUUUAGAGUGUUAUUAUAUUAAUUUAUCUGAUUAUGUCGCAGGUGCAUGAUGCAUGAUACUGAAUACAUUUUACAUCCAAAGGUGACUACUGAGCUCACAAGUCAAAUAGAUUAAAAUUUAAAUAAUUGGUGUAAAUGAGCAGUGGUGAAAAAAUUUGAAGAAUGUGUUUUGUGUUAUUUUUAUUAAAUUGUAUAUGUAAAAUUAUGAAUUUUGUAACGUUAUGUACCUAGUAAUAUUCCAUAAUUUUAUUAAAUAGUGUAAAAGCGGUAUAUUUAAAAAAACUGUAUAUUGUCGUUAGAUUAAGAUUAUGAACUAUGAAAAAUUAAGCUUAUAAUAGUACGUAGAUUUAUAAUAAAAACUAGGAUUGGAAAAAUUGAUGUAUAUACAGAAGAUCAAAUUACAUAAUUCUAUGAAAUUAUUUGUAUAAUCUAUAAUUUGUACUUAAUCUUUAUCGACAGUAGUAAUCAUUAUGAUUAUAAUUUGUAUAUUGAAUCAAAUAGAUCAGUAAACAUUGUAUUAUAUGUUAAAGAUAUUCAGUCAAUGCAAUGGAACUCCACAAUGUUGAUUAAACUUACAUAAUAAUUAAAACGAUUAAAUUUGCCAUGCA